UGAACUAAAAAAUCCCACAACCCUUUCUCAUCUCUCUCUAUUCCCACCUCUUUUUCUUACUUUCUUCUAAAUAGGGUCACAAGAACACAUAAUACAUACAACCCUUUUUUCCUUUUUCUUCCUAAAAGUAAAAACCCAAAAAGAAAAAAAAAUUUUAAAAAUUUUAAAAAAUAAAAGAUAAUAUAAUCUUCUUCUCUCUAUUAUUCUUCCCCACAUGGAAAAAGAGUUGGAUCAUCAAAAAGAACUCCAACUUCUGCCACCCCCACCUCCUCAUCCUCCUGCUACCACCUCCUCCUCACGUGCUCUUCCUUGGUUCAAUCACCACCGUCGAUCUUACCACCCAUCUAACGGCGGAGAUCAUCGUCAUCAUGAUCAUGAUCAUGAUCAUGAUCAUCUUCAUUAUCAUCAUGCAAAUGGUGGGCCAUCUCUUGAUUUGAAGCUGUCCAUAAGUUUGAACCCAUCUGAGCCGUCCGAUUUCAGCUGCAUCGAAGCACUGAAAUGGCAAGCUAAGGAGCAACUAAGGGUGGCUGCCAUUGAAAAAGCAUAUGCAGAGCGAGUUAGAGAGUUGACUCGGAGAGAAAUUGAGUUGGCUCACUCUGAGUUCGCUCGAGCUCGUGCUAUGUGGGAUAAAGCUAGAGAAGAAGUUGCAAAGGCUGAAAGACUUAGGGAUAGUGCUACUACUUGCAUGGGAGAGAUCACUUGUCAUUCUUGCAGGCAAAAAUUUCGACCUAAUUAAUAUUCUAGCUUUUAAUUUUUAUUUCUUAUUAUUAUAACUAUAUAUAUUAAUAGAAAUUGUUUUAUGAAACGGUCUCACCGACAGAUAUAGCUUAGACAUAAUAUGAGAAUAUAGGCCGCUUGUUUGAGGUCUUCGCACCGAGUUAAAGACGGUCUCUCAUAAGAUAUACCGGGUAUGAUAUUGAUGAUGAGAACUAUAUAAUAAUAGGAAAAGUUGUUAUGAAAAAUCCCACUUUUUGCUCAUCUGAUUUGCUGUGAAUAAUCUUUACUAUUGAUUAUUUUUAAAUAAUUAAAUUUUUGUAUAUUUUUUUGCUGACAGCAUUCGUUGUCAUAUUUUAACUGGGUUUGUAGGUACUUAUUAGCCAUUACACUUAUUUCUUCUUCCUUCUUAUAUUUUUUCAUUGGUCUAAC